UUCCCAAAAAACGAGGGAAACUUUUUCCGGCCGAACCAGUGCCUGACGGCCCGUGCCGAUUGUCAAAGCGGCGGAUCCCCGCAUGACAGCUGCCAAUGACCCCACUUGAGCACGAACGGCGGGGUCUGGGCGUUCAGUGAAUUCGACGUUUGACACCAAGACCAUAACACCCCGUUAAAGAUGGGCGCCUUCGUCUCUCGUGCUUCUCGUCCCUCCAGAUACACUCUCGUUUUCCACGCCGAGCCGCAGUUCGUGGACACGGUCAAGCAGGCCGUCUUCGCUGCCGGCGCUGGUCGCUAUCCCAACUACAGCGAAUGUUGCUGGACUGCCACUGGCACCGGCCAAUUUCGGCCAGUCGGCGCCGCCAACCCACACACCGGAGAGGUCGGUGUUCUAGAGAAGAUCCAAGAGCUGAGAGUCGAGAUGUUGUGUGAUAGCGAGCAGACGGCGAGGAAAGCUGUCGAGGCUCUCAAGAAGUGAGUGGGUUUACGUCGACUCACUAACAAUAACCACUAUCGUCAUGCGACAGUGGAUAUCAGCUAACCGCAACAAUGACAGAGCACACCCCUACGAGGAGCCAU